AUGCUCUUGAUCGCAAUUUUUUCAACAAUUCUUUGUCUCUGUUCAACUUUUAAACCACGAGAAGUCACCAUUGAUCUGACACCAAAAUUUUUGAAAGAUAGAGAAUUGACAAAAAUCGAUUCAACUGCUCAAGGGAUGUUGAAACGAAAAUGCUUUCCUUCCAGAUCAAAACGUAUCAUCAAUGGAGAAGCCGAGGUUGAUGAAUCGUCCGCAAACUUUCACUGGGCGGUUGCGAUUUUUAAAGAUGAUCCGGUUCAUGGUAAUCUCCACUGUACUGGCACUCUCAUCUCACCGAUUCAUGUGCUUUCUGCCGCUCACUGCUUUGUUGAAGGGAUCAGCUGGGAUCUUUCUUCUUUCUACGUGGCAGCUGGCGCAAAAUGUGUGAAAGAAGUCGAAGAGUGCGCAAAAGUUGGAGCAAAGAGAGUGAUUGCAAAGGUGAAAAAUGCUGUCAUACCAAACGAGCGUUUAAGCGAUCGACGAAAGGGUGCCGAUCUUAUCAUUCUACUUCUAGAUACUGCUAUUUUUGAGCGCGAUAGAGAUGUUUUAUGUUCAUCAGCGAGUCGAGCCGAUCAAGGAAUUGGAAACGGUGAUUCCGGUUCAGGAUUGGAGUACUUUGAAGGAGAUUUUGCUAACGGAAAACACUAUAUUGUCGGAAUUUCAUCGUACACCUAUGGAGUGAUUAGUUUU